GGGAGUCUUGGCCUCGGCGUCCUGGUGGCUUUGCUCGCCGCGGCGGCGGUGACCUGCUGCGGGACGUGGGGCCUGCUGGCCGCCGCCGCGCGCGCGGCGCGCUCCGGGCGCGCCUGGGCGGCGCAGGCGGCGCGCUGGGUGGCCGGGGCGGCCGCGCUGGUCGUGGCGUCGUGCCCGCUGGCUCUGGCGGAGGGGCUCCUCCUGGCCGAGGCCGCUCGCACCACUGAGCAAGAUUCAGGGCUCGCCUUGUCCUGGGGCCUAGCCGUCAACGACGGUUCGAACUGCCUGCAGGCCUGCGAGCGCAUCAACUGCUACAGCGCCCAGGAGCUGCAGGUGUGCUACGAGGAGUUUCUGGUCUACCUCGACGACGCUCAGGUCAAGUGGGUUCGAUUCGGAUACCUUCGGCGGCUUGCUGAGUCUGGAUCCAUCAUGGCGCGCUGCCAGGAUGUGCCCGCUGAUGAGGCCGUCAUCGGCCGCUCGGGGUUUCCGGGCGACAGGGGUGAUCCCAAGCACAGGUUCGUCCUGUCGCACCCUUGGCUGUCGAAGAAAAAUCCGGAUCCUAGCGGAGCGAAGCUGCAGAUGUUGGUGCGACAGUUGGACCUGCUGGGCGCAUCCGACGAUGACGACGCCUUCGUUUUCAUUGAUUUCAUGGGCCUUCCGCAGCACGACACAUCGGACCCAGAUUUCGAGAAUCUGGAGCAGGCAGACAAUUGGCCCAAGCCUGGUGAGCACCGCGCAGUUCGCACAGAGGCGGAGGAGGCGCUUUUCACGAAGGCCUUGAGCUCGAUGGAACUCAUUUACAGCAUGAGCAACACUCCCGUCAUCAUGUUUCCCAUGGACGGCGAGGUCGCUGCUGGCUCGGAGUACCCCUCGCGAGGGUGGUGCUUCUUCGAGUUCUGUCUCGCGCUCAGCUUCGGCAACAUAGCGAACGCUGCAAUACAUCCGCCCGUGGGCCAGAUGUGCAGGAAGGGUGCCAGUCUGCGAGUAGACACAGUCGAGUGCUUCCGGAAAGGCUUCAGGACAACCCGCUUCGCCAGCAAGGACGACGCGGCA